AUGGCAGCCCAUGACAAAGUGCUGCUGGAGGCAGACGAAGAAUAUGAGUACGUGGCCACUGCGGGCAGCAGCGCGCGCAAACUGCGACACGACUGAUACUUCUUAGCUAUGAGGGACUACCGCCCAACUUCUCGCUCGCCGCGAACAUGGCGGCCGGAGCGUUCGCAGGCAUUGCUGUACGUCUGAGAUGAGACUGAGCGCAUGAGAAGGGCGGAUGAGCUGAUGUGGAUGUAGGAACAUUCGGUCAUGUAUCCCAUCGACCUGCUGAAGGUGCGUUUCGGAAAUCUCGGACCAGGCGACCACAGAGUGCCAAACUAAUGAUACUCUACCGUCCAGACGCGAAUGCAAGUCGUCAAUCCGACGCCGGCGGCGAUCUACACGGGCAUCGGGAAUGCGAUCUCUACAAUUUCAAGAGCCGAGGGAUACAUGUCAUUAUGGAGAGGACUGUCCAGCGUAGUAGUAGGAGCAGGUAAGGAUACUACGCGAACACAAUGCUGUCAUUAUCGGCAGUGCUGACAAGAUGGGCAGGUCCGGCGCAUGCGGUCUACUUCGCUACCUAUGAGGUUGUGAAGCAAGCAAUGGGUGGAAACAAGGCCGGUCACCACCCGCUGGCAGCUGGUAAGACAUUGCGACAGCAAGCUCCACGAGAUGAAUCGGUACUGAUACCAAUAUCCAGCCUCGAGCGGAGCCGCAGCGACAAUUGCAAGCGAUGCAUUCAUGAACCCAUUCGACGUGAUCAAGCAGCGGAUGCAGCUUCACGGAUCCACCUAUCGCUCCCUCAUCGACUGCGCGCGAGGUGUCUGGCGGAGCGAGGGCAUUCGCGCCUUCUAUAUAUCCUACCCGACCACGCUCACCAUGACCGUGCCCUUUACCGCCCUUCAAUUCACCGCAUACGAGUCACUCACGAAGGUUAUGCAACGGCAACGAAAUCCAGGAUAUGACCCACUCACCCACUGCACAGCAGGUGGUCUUGCCGGAGGAUUUGCAGCAGCUGCUACAACCCCAUUGGACGUGAUCAAGACUCUCCUUCAAACACGAGGCAGUUCAACGGAUGUCGAAAUAAGACAAGCGCGAGGUCUUUUCCCUGCAGCAGGUAUCAUCUGGAGAAGGGAAGGAGCGCGUGGCUUCUUCCGGGGUAUGAAGGCACGGGUUGUGACUGCGGCGCCAAGUACGGCAAUCUGCUGGUCUGCAUACGAAUUGGCAAAGGCAUACUUCAUUAGAGUGCAAGAAGAAUCAUGA